AUGCAUGGCGUCCCCUCCACGGACUUCGCGGCCAGGCUCGCUGAAGUGUUGGCGAAAGUGCCGCAGCCGCUGAUGUGGGUGGCAUUCGGUGGCGCCUUCGACUUCGCCCACAUGGUGAAGAUGCUGUCCGGUGGGCAGCCGCUGCCAGAGACCCGUGGAGAGUUCCUGGCCCGGGCAAGGGAUCUCCUCCAUGGCAUGGUGUUCGACGCCAAGUACAUGGCAGAACACUGUGGCCGUGCAGAGCUAUGCGCAGGCGGUCUCAGGACCGUGGCUUCCAUCCUCGGCGUGCCGCAGCUCAUCCCGGUGCCGCCAAGCCUUGCGGGUCCCAAAAGCCACACUGCAUGCUGCAUCUUCAACGUGAUGAGGCUGGUCAUCCACGGUGGUACCAGCUAUGACGGCCUCAUCGAUGGUCGCCACAUGUUCGCAGGAGCAACUGACCGCCGGAACAGCCACAGCACGCCGGCAGGGCCACUAAAUCGGCCUGGCGCCAUCCACGCCAAGCCUCUACGCAGCCGCCAGCAGCACCUGUUCCUUCGCGACCCCAUCGCGAGCGUGCUCUUGGCCGCUGCCGCCGCGAGUCACUUCUCACAACCCGCCGCCAGAUGA